AUGGGUAGCCCCGCGCAGAUGGAAAAGAAAUGCAAGCUAAUGAUCAAAGGAGCUUGCAAUGGAGCCGGUGACCAGGUGGAUUAUUGUGAGAACUGUGCUGCACUAGAGCAAGAGAAGAAAUCCCUCAAGAGUGACAUCGAUCACCUCCAGGAGGAAAAUGCGAGACUAAAAGCCAUUGUGGACUAUGUGACUUCACAAAGAGAUGUAGUUGAUGAACUGACGAUUGCGGUCCAGGACCUAAAGAACCUUCGUGAAGAGAUGGAGGACGCUCGGGUGCAGAGAGCGCCUGAAAACCCUGGAGCCCAGGCAGAGGGCAACGAAGACGAAGAAGAUUUGGGGGGCAUCAAGGUCAGCAGGGCUUUGCUGCUCCUUCUAGACAUGGGUCCCACAAAAUCACCAACAGUUUAUGCCCGGGAGCUUCUAAGGUUGGUCUUCAGCUCGGAAGAGCUUGUCGGAAAAUCAAUCACGGGCAAGCAGUCCAACGCACACAAGGACAAGCCGGCCAAGCCACAGCUUGACCCAGUCCGGGUAAAUGCUUUGAUAAGUUACACCUGCAAGAAGUUCAAGCUUCUCAAAGAAGGGCCAGUGAGGACGUCCUUGUCCUCGUUGCUAAACAAGGAGGCAAACAAGGAAAAACCUUGUGAAUAA